GACCGGCGUUGAGCAGGGCGCGCCAUUUUGGUUAUUUUGGCGGCUUUUAGAUCAGACAGAAGCCGAAAGCUAACUAAAACUAGACUAAGCGACGCUUAGCUGUAAGUUGAAGAAAAGCUUCGAUUUCAAAAUAAAUAUAAAAAACCGUAAGAAAUGGGUAAAAAAGAUAAAAAAGGCGACCAGACUAGCGAAGCGUCUAGCGAGGAAGAGUAUGUUGUGGAAAAAGUUCUUGACAGACGCACUGUGAAGGGAAAGACCCAAUAUUUGCUGAAAUGGAAAGGUUACGAAGAAGCGGAAAGCACAUGGGAGCCAGAGGAGAAUCUUGACUGUGAAGAACUGAUUAGAACAUUUGAAGAAAACAGAAAAGACAAGGAGCAAAAAUCAAAGAAGCCCGAGGACCGAGGAAAGAAACGCGUGCGUGAGUCGAGCGAGGACACCGGCUCUGGUCGCAAGGGCCGCGCCACCAGCGUGUCUUCGGUGGAGGGGCCGAGGGACAGCAAGCGGGAGAGGAAGGAGGACAAGUCAAAGUCCGGCUUUGACAAGGGACUCAAGGCUGAGAAAAUCAUCGGUGCAUCGGACGCGACGGGCGAGCUGAUGUUCCUCAUCAAGUGGGCGGACUCUGACGAGGCCGAGCUCGUGCCCGCCAAGGUCGCCAACGUCAAGUGUCCGCAGCAGGUGAUAGCGUUCUACGAGGAGCGGCUGACGUGGCACACGCCCGCCGAGUCCGAGUGAUGCGAGUCGCGCGAGUUAUACGAGUUACUGUGGACUGGUCGACGUGUGUUCUACAGGCCCACGUAUGUUAGCGUUAAACAUUAUCGAUAUGUGACCGAACCGGCCAUGGGACAUUUUGUUUUGGGUCAGUGACCACCGAAGAAACUUAUGCAUAGUGGACAUUGAAUGAAAUUACGAAGAGAAAAUGUGUUUCGAUAAAGUCUCCUUUGAGUGUACACUUUCUUAGGGAAUCGCUGUAUUGGUUUGUUCCAGGUUACAUAUAGUUUAUGAGAAUGGUUGUUUUUUUUUUUUUUUAUUGUAAAAAUAAGGAUGUCAUUGGGUUACGUAUGUGAAGUCACUCCCUCUUUCUUCUCUUUAACUACUUCAAUUCUGCCGAUUGCACAGUUAUUGUAUGAUGUGAAUAAAUUCAACAAAUUUUGAGAUCUUACUGAUCUGUUUCAUGC